AAGGAUGGCGAUGGUCUUUCUCGGCUUCAUCCGGCUGAUCCGCGUGCAAAGGUCCUGAAAGCGCUAGCGUCUGCCUCUCUCGAUGGCGGCGCGGCACCAAUUAGUUCGCACGGCUCUCCGAGGGACACGAGUCCGCCACCCGUUAGUCCUUUGCCUUUCGCACAGACAUUCCCUCCCCCAGCUUGCAACGCAUCCCCAAGCGGAGCCGCUCAAAGUGUCUCCGCGGCGCCGCAGUGGGCGUCUAAUCCCGGCGACACCCUCGGGCCAGUCGCGCUGAACCCUUUGCUCGACUGGCAUACCUUGCAGGAGCCGCACAUCGAGUGGGACAUCUCCUCCUCACCACGGAACGCCACGCUCAUCCACGUCGCGCACGGACAGAAGGUCGUCACCGCGCCCGCGCUGGCGACGUUCCUCGCAGACGCCCUUUGGCCCGCGGGGACGCACUCGCUGCGCCUCGAGGUCGCGCACGCGCGUUGGCCGCUGUGCGCAGAACAGUGGGGCCCCGUGCACGUCACACCCGGAAAGAAGGGCUUCGUGAGCGUGCUCGACGUGCUCGCGUGCACGUACCACUACUUCGGCAUGCCGCUCACGGAUGCGGACUGGGAGUAUUUAGGCGCUGCAGACGGCCUGGACGCGGGGAGUAGUGAGCUGAAGCGAGGGUUGAGGGCAGAUUUGUUGAAUCUCCGCAUCGCAGACACCACAGCUACCCACCACACAUCCAACUCGCUCCGCCCACCGUCCGUACCCCCGAAGCCGCCGUCUUGCCACACCACGCCCCAGCCAUCACCCUCGGGCGAGAUACACAUCAUCGGAUUCCUCCUCCAGCACCCCAAAGAACUCUCCGCGCCGCGUCUGCGCUGGAGCGUCGCCGAGCCUCCGCAACAGGCCUCUGUAGAGGAGUGCAGCGCGCAGGGGAAGCUCGUACGCCAGCUCGGCGCCGACGACCUGCAAGAGCGCGCAGUGCUCUUGCGCGGCGGCGUGCUGCAUGUGCACUUGAGCCACAACAUGGAGCGCUCCUGGGGGCCGGUCGUCGUGUGCGCACGCGAUGAAGAGAGCAUUGUUGUGGGUGAUGUGCUCGGGGCGGUGUACAGGUAUUUGCAGGAGCGGCUGGAUGGCGAGGAUUUGGCGUGGCUGAGGGCACAGGGAGUAGAGAUGGAGUUGAACAGGGCGGAGGAGUUGAAGCGCGUGGACGUUCUGGGCACGCGCACGCGGUGGGAUGGCUUGCGACCCGAGCCUGGUCCCGGAGAAACCAUCAGAUGGUGGCUUAAACUC